UUUCUUCAGUGACUUCACGAUGUACAAUGUUGAUAUGUAUAUUUAAUUGCAAUAUGGAAUUCAUUGAUGGAAUCCUGAUGGUGUUAGGUGUGACCGAGUGACAAGAUCAUGUCACGGAGGAUAAGCUGAUCUGGAGCUAUUAGUCACAAUGGCUGCAUGGAAUCUUCUGAAUAUUAGACCUGGAUACCAGUUGCUAGGAAGACAGGGUGAAAAAGGGCUUCAUUACCUUUUCAUGGGCUGUCAGAAAGCAUCCAGCAGGGCAUUUUAAGAAGGAUGCUGGAUGGGUGGUGAACCAUCCAUUUUGAACAGGAACAACCUGCAAAAUUCAUACUGAUGGCAGCUUUCUGCCACCCUCCUUAGUUCCAGCAGAGAGGCGGCAGAGUGGCAGAAAACAGUCUUGUUUCCUGCACUGGAAAUAUGUCGAAGACCCCAACCCCCACAAAAGUGGGUAGUAAAAAAGAGUUGCCUUCAGAGGCGUUCCCAGAUGCAGCGUCCAAGCCGGAGAGCAGCAAGCUCUCCAGCUCUCUCCUCACAGUUGAAAAUGUCAAAAAACACCAAGAGGAGAACCCUGUGGCAAAAUCGAAUCUUGCUCAAUGGUCAAUAGAAACCUACAUUGAAGAGAGCAACCGCCUUUUGAGCGAGAGUGGGAGCAGGACAGAGGGGAGCAAGGAGCAGAGGGGGUCAAGUGAAGAAAAAUCAGGAGCUCUUCAUGAAGGUUACACAGAAAAUGCUGAUCAAACUUUAGGAAAAGAUUUCCAGACAAGACCUUUGUCGACUCCAGUUCCUGAAACUCAGUUACCCAAAAAACGAGAAGUUGCCGAUUUGGAGACUCAGACAGAAUGGAGCUACUCCGUCAGCUCUGAAGACUCUAGUGAGCCGAAAAUAGAGAAGAAGGAGCCGAGAAGUACAGGUAGAAAAGAGAAAAGUGAGACCACAGAAAGCACAGAAAUAUUGUAUCACACGGAAGAAGGAGUAUGUGAGACUGAGCUGGAGACUCAAGAAAGCACUUCUGAGGAGGAGAAGAUAAAGUCUUUUGUCCUAGAUGAGGAACAUUCGGCCACUGACCUGUGCCUGAUCGGUCGCUGUGAGUUCUGCACCUCCCUCCUGAAGCCUUUGCCCUCCCCAGAGGAACUGGAGGAGAAACCGGAGAGAAUGGAUCAUUUUCUGUGUUGCAGGACGUACAAAGAGGUCUUCCAGUGUGUGGUACAGGAGCUCAUGGAGAGGCGAGGCAGUGAGAUCGACAUCCGUCCUCAUCACCGAGGGUCACUGGAGAGCAAGACUAGAAGGAUGCUAAUGGAAGAUUUACAAGAACGAGGCUUUGAGAGAUACAGAGAGAUAUUUAUGCAAUAUAUAAAAUAUGGCCCAUGCAUCAAAAUUCAUUUCAAGUUCUUGGACCACCCGCCCCAGCCAGAAACCGAGAGCCUAGAGAAACGGUAUCCGGAGCCCAAAGAGCUGCUGGAGAUGAACCUGGGAUUCAAAGCUGAGCAGCUAAAGCUCUGCCAUCCCUUCCAGCCUGUGAGAAGAUACUAUCAGGAUGGAAAGAUCUUCCUCCUCCUCUUCCCGGACGGAACGGGCCAAGUCUAUUACCCGUCAGGCCGCUUGGCCAUCCUCAUUACUUACGAGAGGGAGACCCAGUUCACCUACAGCGUCCUUCGUGACACCAAGGGCGGCGAAAUUCUGGCCUUCUUCACGAAUCAGGGCUACGCAGCACACGACCAACCAAAGGGAAGGCUCAGGCUGAACCUGGACCUUUGCAGGGGCUCCGUCUUUGACGAGAAAGGGCAGCGGCAGAAGUUCUGGAGCUGGUGGGACUUGGGGACCCACGUCCACGCGCCUCCUUUCCAGCCCGUCUGCCUGCAGCUCAAUGUUUACAUCCGGGUUAAGCUUAAAGCCCAGGAUCAGAUUUUCCUCACGUUUACGAAGGCUCACGACAGCCUCCGCCUCAGCGUUGGUGCACGGCUGAGAGUGAGUCUGCGGGGCCAGGCGGAUCCAACCUCCGUGGGGAGCAGUUCCUUUCUAUCAUUUACUAAAACCAAACGUUGCUUGUGGGUGGAGACCCAGAAAGUGGGUCCGCUCGCCUGCAUGCUGAAGGAUUCAAGGAUGCUUUGGGUUCUUCAGCGAUAUGGAACCACCAGGCACCUCGUGAGCCCUUCCUUGCUUGAGAAGAUCGGCAAUAUCUUGACCCACGUGAAGAAGCUACUCAAGAAACUGGACUCUGAUCCCUCAAAAGAAGCUGCAGACCUGCGUCUUAUAUCGAAGGUGUAUGAAAGGAUGCACCGACGACAGAGACAGCCCAAGGAGAGAAAUUAAUGUUAGAUUGCGGGAAGCCAAUCUAAUAUUUUAGUGGUACAGAAACUACAUGAAGUUAAGCUUCCGAGAGAAGCCAUUAAACUUUCCCUCCAUCUAUGCUGUAGUUUUAUCUUUUCAUGUCUCUUUAUGUGACACACUUAAGGGUUAGGUUAUCCCGUUUGAACCAAGAGGCUCUACUUAAGACCAUUUCAUUCAGCGACUGUUCAAAGUUACGAAGAGGGCACUACGAACAGCGACUUUACAACCGGCCUUCGCACUUGUUGCAGUCACGUCAUCAGAAUUCGGGUGCUUGGGAAGUGGUGUGCGUUUACAAUAAUGGCACAAAUGUCACUCACAACCUUCCCGGAGAGCUUCCAACAACAUGGAUUCACCACCUGGUUUCUUGGGUUGUAAAAAAAAGGGGGAAGAUGUGUACUUUCAAACUUGUCAGAUAUUCUGUUUAUGUAACCUCACAGUAAAGUCAGAGAGUUUUUCUGGGUGUGCUGCUUGGCCGGCCUACCUCGCAGGGCUGACACCCCUGAUGGGGGCUCCUUGUUUCUAGCCCAAUACCUCAAUUACUACCCCCUCCAGAUUAGCUCCAUCGACUGACACGAACCUCAGGUAAUAUUCUUACUUCCCAUU